CUGCUAGCACUCGCCAUGGCAAGACUCGGCAUAACAUGCACUGAUUCAAGAGAGUCUUCUUGGCCUAGAAUAUCCUAGAUCUGUAAUUAAUAUGGAUGCAUGAGCUAUAUAUAUAUAUAUAGGAAGUAAGGCAGACCUGUGUAUGUGUGUGUGAGGGUGGUGUGUGAGGAGGAGAAUGGGAAGGAGGCCUUGUUGCUCCAAAGAGGGGCUGAAUAGAGGGGCAUGGUCGGCUUGCGAGGAUAAGAUCCUCAGCGAUUACAUCAGAACCCAUGGCGAGGGCAAAUGGAGAGAUCUUCCAAAAAGAGCAGGUCUGAAACGCUGCGGUAAGAGCUGUCGUCUCCGAUGGUUGAAUUAUUUGAGGCCCGAUAUCAAGAGGGGUAAUAUAUCUGAUGAUGAAGAGGAUCUCAUCAUCAAACUCCAUAAUCUCCUGGGAAACCGAUGGUCCCUCAUAGCGGGAAGGUUGCCGGGGCGAACAGACAAUGAAAUCAAGAACUAUUGGAACACAAAUCUUAGCAAGAAGGUGAAAUUCCCGCAAGCAAAAUUGGAGAAAUGUAGCAGCAAAUCUAAAGCGAAGAACGCUGUGGAAGGAGACUCGGUAGAAGCAGCUGCAAAGGUGGAUGAGCAGUUCCAUUCUGUGAUCCGAACCAAAGCAGUGAGGUGCACCAAAGUCUACCUCCCCUUGCAAGAUGAUAUGAUGGCUGACCACAGCUUGGGACCUACGUGCAAUGACAGCCCAUCCACGUUGGUCCCUCAAGAAGAUGAUCCUUCCAACUUCUUGAUUGAUUUCGACAUGGAAGAGCUUGUGUCGAGCUUCGAAGAUGAUUUGUUUCAACUUUGUCCCAAUGAUAACCAAAAAGGUGGCAACGCUGUCGAUGGCAAUGCAGAGGGGAGUUCAUUUUGGUGCAGUGAAGCCAUGCAGGAGGAUUGGAGGGGAAGUGAUAUCCAAGAACUUAAUGCAGCCUCUGAGCUAAGAUCUUUGGCUACUUUUCUAGAUUCUGAGGAGGAGUGGCAAGAAAAAUAAUGGAGAAAGGUCUCCAAGGGGGGAUUUUUGUCAUUUGGACAUGGCAGAUGCAUAUAAACAUGUCUCUUUUCAUAUGACAGCACUCGUUUUCGUGUCAUUUUAGCUGAAAGCUCCAAGAAGAAAACCAUUUUUCCUGCUGUCGUUCA